AUGCAAAAACGCGAUGGCGGAGCCGGCGGCGGCAGGCAAGCCUGUGGCAGCCUCUGUCCCAACAGGGUGCAAGAUUUGGCCGGCAGGCUGGGCAAAAAGCCGUGCAAAGUAGAGAGAAAGGUGCCACGGAAGAUCCUGCAUCCCAGAAGCUGCCCCAUAAUUAUUCAUAACGACCCAUCUCCGGACUCAGUAGAGGCUGCCUUUGCGACCAUCGAUUGGCAAGAUUUAGCGGACUGCGCCUCAGCCUUUCAGCGGGAGGCUUCUAGAGAUGCCGCUGCUCAGCAGCCCUUGCCCGUAACGGCCGUGACAGUCCACCCUCAGCUGCCCUUUCUUUUCCCCUGCAGUAUGGCAAUGCCAGCUUGCUCCCUUCGCUGCCUAGGGUGGCCAGUGGAUUUGCAGGGCCCUUCCUUGCAACCUGAGGAUGACUUUGAUUUCCAGGAGUUUCGCGAUGCCAUGGAUAACUUCUUAUCCGAUCCAUCCUCUCUGAUGGCUCCUCUGUUGGAUUUUUCUUUCCCUGUGGAUAAUGGAAGCCCCCUCAGCCCCUGCCUCCAGAAACCUAUAGAGGUGGAUCCUGUCUCACAACUGAGCGUAGAGAAUGUCUCGUCCACUGAGCAGUACUGGAAAGACUUGGCAGAUCAUAAUCAAAAAGCCCUGGGGGAUGCACUUGUGGAAAAUAAUCAGCUUCAAGAGACAUUGACCCAAAAGCAAGAAGAAAUCGCUUCUCUGAAGGAGAGAAAUAUCCAGCUGAAGGAACUAGCCAGCCAGGCCAAACAGCUUGCCUCUGUACUAGAUAAAUUGAUGCUCCCUCAAAGCAGAGACAGCACUGACUUUUCCCUCAGCUGUGGCCCUGGCAAGAGAAGCCUUGAGCAGAUGUCUAUUCCUGAGCAAGAGGAGGACAUGGAAGUGAAUGAAAUUUUAAGGGAAAUAUCGGAAAAAUGCGCUGCAGCCCUGCAGUCCAUUGAUGAUGACAGAGGCCCGAAGCGUCCUCGUGGAGAGAAUGAAGCCAUCCACAUGUAUGGAGCCUUCCAUGGGCUGCAGACAUGCAGCAGUCACAGUUCCCUGGACUUAAGUGGCAGUGAAUUUGAGGAAGGGGUGUCCUUCAAGACAUCCAUCAAAGAGCACUGUAACAUUCGGACACUGGCCUUUCCACAAGGCAAUGCAUUUACUGUUAGGACAGCCACUGGGGGCUAUAAGUUUAGAUGGGUCCCUAGCUGA